UAAAAGGACAAAAGAAAUAAGGUAAGAAUUCAUUCAUAGUCGUUUCUGUAUAAAUAAAUGGAAAAAAAAAAGAAACACUUAAGGGAUGAACUAAGAAUAAUGGUGUCAAAUGCAUUGUUGAGUUUGAAAAUUCGGCCAUGACCUAGAUCAAACCGUGCAAAUUGCAAUGUUUUCUUUAUAAAUUUGUGACGCAGUUAAUGAAAGUAGUAGUAUCAAUAGUGUGAGGAAACCAUUCAAUUUAGGAAAUUCCCAGCAUAUGUAAACAAUUCAGUAAUGUUUUGGGCUAUGAUGAAGCUGAAACUCACCAUCAUGGCCCAAGGGAAUCAAUGGCAGCCGCUGUGCGGGUCAAAACUCAGACAUAUGCAGGCCCCGAAACCAAUAUUCUUGCGGCAAUGGGGACGGAUUCCAUCAAACAAUCAUCAAAUCGAACCCCCAACCAGCAAGCAACUGUGAAGGAGGAACCCCCAUUUCUUCUCAAUGGGACACAAAGAGGAAAAAGAAGCAAAGAAGGAAGCUUUCAGAAAGUAUUUGGAGUCUAAUGGCAUUGUUGAUGCUCUCACCAAAGUUCUGGUUGCAUUGUAUGAGCAAAAUGACAAGCCUUCCUCUGCUCUCGAAUUUAUUCAACAAAGACUUGGGGGUCCAUCUAAAGCUGAAUAUGAGAAGUUACAAUCUGAGAUGGCAGAUUUGCAAGUCAAGUAUGAUGAGCUUCUAGCUACACACAAGGAAACCUGUAAAGAGUCUCUUGAAAUUCAUUGGUCUAUAUUCUGUUGCAGCUGGAAGAACUUAAAUGCUCACAUAACAUGACUGUAACAUCUACUAAGGAUACCACUGAUGAUGAGGAGGAGAAUGAUAAGCUAUGAAGGACGAAUGGAACUGCACAUAGGAGGUUGAUGGAUUUUCUGUAUAGUAGCCAAGAAAAAAAUGUGAUAUCUUAUUCGUUAAAGGUAUGUGAAGACCUUACGCUAUGCAUGUUUAAAGAGGAAAAAGGAAAAUAUUUGCUAAAUAGUUGGAUUGUAUGAGGUGUGUAUCUAUCUUUUUACCUUUUAUUUUUUGACUAUGUUUGCGUUGAAAACUCUCACUUUAGUAUGCGUGGUGAUGUUUCAAUGUUCAUUUGAAAAUGUAACUGACGAUAAUCUUUGUUGCUGAAACUGCCAUCUUUCAAAGAA